GUAUCUCGUGACGGGACUAGGGAAAGAUACGGGACUCUCAACCAGCUAACAGCAAACAAACAACGUCCAAAAACAAAACGAAAGGCAGACCAUGGUGGGCGUGAAGCAAGAACCCGAUGUGGUGGAUCUAUUGUCUGAUUCUUCGGACGAAGAAGAGUCCGUAGUGGAGGUAAUAGACAGUGCUGCUCCCAAUCCACAAGGUCCACCGCCACAAGAAGAAGAGACGUGGAAUUCUCCCUACAAGUAUUCCGCGGAUCAAGUACAACCAUUGCCGCCCGAUCUGGCGGCCACCAAGCGGUUUCCGAUUGGUUGCAAAUGUCGAGUGAUGCACGACGAGUACAGUCGAUCACGGUGCUAUAUAACGGGAGAAAUUGUGCAAGUGGCGUUUCCUUGGUCCGAACGGACGACGGACUUUUAUCAAGUGCAAUACGACGACGGCGAGACGUCGUUGGAGUGGUGGAAAGUGGAGGAUUUGGAGUUUGCUCCUGGGAGCCAAAUAUGGUACUACAAAGACCGCACCAAAGAUGAUGGUCGUAAAGCGGCCGUGGUAUUGGGUACCGAAUUUUAUCCAGCAGAAGAAGAAGAGGGCCUGGAAAUGUCCGCAGCCGUGUUGCACUCGAUACAAAUUAUUACGGGGACACGUACCAUUCACCAUGGGAUUCCAUCAGACAAUGUAUCGUAUCGUUCUCCACUCGAUGAGAUUCCUCCUGACGAACAGCAACAGCAACAACAAGUUCUGCCCAAAAUGGAGAUCAAAGAGGAGCCCGGAAUCAAAGCAGAACCAGCAUAUUCAUAG